CCGAUAAAUAAACUGCUUAAACUGUUGCAGACUCUUUUUUCUAGGGUUUCAAACCUUGAAAAACAGUCCUUACCCAGACCAUGCUCUCGCAAUCAGAAUCUCCAAUCGUUACCAACAAUUCUUCUAUCCCACCAACAUCUUCUGAUGAUCUUGCUGUUAAAGACCCACCACCAUCUUCAGAUGAAGACUUUUUCUCCUCUGUCUCUUCCUCAUCUUCCGAAGACAAACCAGCGUCAAUAACACCAUCACCAUCACCACCUGACCCUUCUCACCAACCUCAGAUCCCCAUCCAAUGGCCUUCCGAUGGCAACAUAAAUCUGAACUGGGUCAUGGAUUUGAUGUCAGCUUUCGAAUGGGCUUCCAAGAACCUGCCUCCGUCAGACUUUCCCUCUGUUUUGCCCGUGAAAGUUUUUGAUAGUCUGGUGCUAUCAACGUCCAAGAUCUUGCAUAAAGAGCCGAAUUGUGUGCAAAUUGAUGGGUUGGGUUCUGAUUGCAGAGUUGUGGUGGUUGGAGAUGUGCAUGGACAGUUGCAUGAUGUUUUGUUUUUGUUGAGGGAUGCUGGAUUUCCAUCGGAAAAUCGUCUUUUUGUGUUUAAUGGGGAUUAUGUUGAUAGAGGGGCUUGGGGCCUUGAGACCUUCCUUCUUCUGUUGGCUUGGAAGGUUUUUAUGCCACAUAGUGUAUACCUUCUGCGUGGAAAUCAUGAAUCAAAAUACUGUACUUCUGUCUAUGGGUUUGAAAAGGAAGUUUUGGCCAAGUAUGGAGACAGUGGAAAACAUGUCUACAGGAAGUGUUUAGGAUGUUUUGAAGGACUUCCCCUUGCUUCCAUCAUAGCUGGGCAUGUUUAUACAGCUCAUGGAGGGCUUUUCCGCAGCAUAGUGGCCACCCCUUCAAAAAGAGCUAAAGGGAAGAGGAAUCGUAAAAUAGUCUUCAACCCAGAAGUCAAUUCUUUAUCUCUUGGUUCGUUGGAGGAAUUGUCUAAAGCUAGGAGAUCUGUCCUUGAUCCUCCAUGGGAAGGUGUAAACUUGAUUCCUGGUGAUGUGCUGUGGUCAGACCCGUCAAUGAACCCUGGUCUUUCUCCAAAUAAAGAAAGAGGCAUUGGUCUUUUGUGGGGUCCUGACUGUACUGACAAAUUUUUGAAGGAAUUCAAUUUAAAGUUGAUUAUCAGAUCACACGAAGGUCCUGAUGCAAGGGACAAACGGCCAGGUCUAGGAGGGAUGAAUGAAGGAUACACAAUAGAUCAUGUGGUAGAGUCUGGGAAACUGAUUACUCUGUUCAGUGCUCCAGACUAUCCCCAGUUUCAGGCAACAGAGGAGAGGUAUAAAAAUAAAGGAGCAUAUAUUGUUCUGGAACCCCCUGAUUUUUAUACUCCACGGUUCCAUAGUUUUGAAGCAAUUACCCCGAGACCAAAGGUGAAUCCGUACUAUGACUAUGAGGAUGUGAUCGACUCUGAUGAAGAAUUGGAUUUGGCAUCGAUGGUGUCAGCUUCCUAAGGAAAAUCUUUGUCAACACCUGUUAUUUAGACAUGUAUUUUGUAUCAUUAUAAUUUUUGUACAUGUAGUUGCUCUUUAAAUUGGUUGUGUGCUUUGUAAUGUUGCAAGAGGUUUUACACUUGUGUGUCUGCUGCCCUCUAAGCAUUCACCUUGGGCAGUUAUCGAGUAGUAAAAAUCAUUUUUUGUCUCAAUCUUGAAUUACAUAUAUAUAUUCAAUCUAUAUUGAAUCUGCAGUUGUGAUAGAAUGAGAGUGA